AUGAAUGUCGACUCAGCAUGUUAUGGUUUGUUUAUCGAUAUCAAUGAUACUCUUUACUGUUCAUUGCCUAGUGAUUAUCAAGUGGUGAAAAGAUCAUUGAAUGAUGCUGCGAUGUCUUUAAAUCGUGUUGCUGCUGGAACAGGUAUUGGAGGAUCAGCCUCAAAUCAACUCAAUCGUCCUCGUGGAAUUUUUGUCGAUGUGAAUUUGGAUUUAUAUGUGGCAGAUUGUCUAAAUCAUCGAGUUCAGCUAUUUCAGUCAGGAGAAUCAAAUGGUAUCACAGUAGCUGGAAAUGAAUCAUUAAAUCCAACAAUUAGACUUGAUUGUCCAAGUGGAAUUCUAUUAGACGCUGAAAAAUAUUUAUUCAUUGUGGAUAAUAACAAUCAUCGUAUUGUUGGUUCAAGCUUGAAUGGUUUUCGAUGUUUAGUUGGAUGUUAUGGAAUGGGCUCACAAUCUAAUCAAUUGAAUAAGCCAUUUAGUUUUAGUUUUGAUCAUUCUGGAAACAUAUUUGUUGCUGAUCAAUCAAAUCAUCGAAUUCAAAAAUUUCAAUAUAUCGAAGAAUCAUGUGAGAAUUAA